CUCCGCUGCAUCAUCCGGCUUGUCUGCGCACCGAGCUGCGGAGAGUAAACGGUUAACCGCAGAUGAAGAACUGCGCGCCUCUGAGCAUGUGCCGCCGGUGCUGCUGCUGCUGCUGCUGCAGUGAAGUAAAAAUGUGCGAAAUUCCGUAGAAGACCAAAUCCACGGUGGAGGAGAUCCCCGUGGGCCGGACACCGAACCAUCCAGGACAGCCUCAUCGGGGGAUGUCUGAUCGGCCGGCCUGUGAGGAGACAACGCACAGCUCCGGGUGUAGAACUGCAUCUUGUCACUGUGAACAUAAACUCAGUGUGAAAUCCAGGGAAGGAAAGAUGGUGACCUUAGAAACCUCAGGGGCUCCUGUUCCUCUUACAUCGCUGUCACGUUGGUACCUCUAUGCCAUUCACGGCUACUUCUGUGAAGUAAUGUUCACUGCUGCCUGGGAGUUUGUGGUUAAUUGCAACUGGAAGUUCCCCGGCGUGACCAGUGUGUGGGCACUCUUCAUCUAUGGCACCUGCAUCCUUAUCGUUGAGCAGAUGUACCUGAGGUUGCGUGGCUGCUGCCCUGUGCUGCUGCGCUGCAUCAUCUACACGUUAUGGACGUACCUGUGGGAGUUUGGUACGGGGCUGCUGCUCCGUCAGUUUGACGCCUGCCCCUGGGACUACUCCGAGUUUCGCUACAACUUCAUGGGGUUGAUCACAGCUGAGUAUGCCUUGCCGUGGUUCUGCGCCUCCUUUAUUGUAGAGCGCUUUGUCAUCCGCAAAACCCUGCGGCUGCGCUUCCACGAGGGGCCUGAGGAUGGCUGGUCAAGUGGCCGAUCCAAUCCUGGAGGUGCUGCAGGAACUCUAGGAGGUGGUAGACAUAGAGAGCAGAGCAGAGGGAUGGAGAGUAAUGCUAAUGGUUACCUUAAAGUGGAAUGAGUCAAGAAGCAGGCACCAGGAGACUGAUCCAGCUCCAAAGGUCUGUCAGAGCUGCUUGACCCUGCUCCGCCACCUUUCAGAUGCAGUUUACCAUCUUGAUUGCAUGAAGUGAAGCUUGGCAGCUGUUAAGAAUCAGCUGGAGAGCAUAGUGUCGAAAAGUACCAAACGAGCCAGAAAAUGAAUGUCCAACUGUGACUGCAAAUGCUCAAAUCACUUAGACUGUCCUAAGUAGAGACACUGUUGUACCUCUAACUGCUGCAAAUCAUUACGCAUCCACCCAUUUCACUGUGGGUUCAAAAGAAGGUCUUGAAUGAUCACGAGUAAGCUUAAAACCCCUUUUGUCCAGACUUAAAAAAUAAUAAGAAAAUCCUACAUGCUGCAAAAACUAGACUUUCCUUUCCAUGAAAUGGCUCGUUUGUCAAAUCACCCAAAAUAAUAAAUAAAACGCUUGCAAAGCUAAAUUUCCAUGUAGCUGCACUUGUAAAGUAUCAUUUUCAUAUGUGCAAUAUUUAGUAAAACCUUUUUUUUGUUAUGUAGCCACAGCGGCUCUUUAAAGUUCCAGUGUGUAACAUUUAUGGCGACGUUUUGACAAAAUGCAAUACAAAUAUUUAUAUAAAUUAUGGAUUUAUAAAAUUAUGGUUUAUUGGUGUUAAAUGUAAACUAGUCAUUUUUUGUUUUGUUAGAAUAAAUAUUUAUUCAUAGAACCUCCAGGAAACUCCACAUUCUUCUAGUUCUACUAAACUAGUUGCAAAAUAAAUAAAUAAAUAAAUAAAAUAAACAGACACAAGGCAAAUUUGUAUAAAAUUGUAUGUGCAUGUUGAAGCUUCACUUACAUAGAAGUUGAUGGACAUGACAACAUUCAUGCACCAAAAAUGUACAUGCACUUAUAGAAGUCCCUUAAAGUUGUGCCACAUGGAGGGAGAUGGAAGUGGCUAGCUCAGAAUAUGGUUCUGACCAAUUUACUGUUUAUGCAUCCAGUUAGUUAGUGUUUAUUUCAAACAUGCAAAAAACAAAAUAAAAGAACAAUACAUAAUAAUCAAAUAAGCAAAAACAAAAAAGAGAAAAAAGCAAUAUAUAUAUUUCAUAAAUAAAUAUUUAAAAAUAAGAUCAAUAAGAUUCAAAACUCAAUACAUGCACUGGCUGGAAUAAAAUCAUAAAGAUAUCCUCUCGUUUUGUUCUUGUAAAAUGGCUACGGUUAUCGUUUUUGUUAUAAUCUUUUGGUUUAAAGUUUUGUUUACAGUUAAAGACUACUACAGCUACACCACUUGGCCUGUUUAUUCACUUAAAGGUGGAAUAAGGAACACAACACCAAAGUGACAUCUAGUGUGUGGAGGUUGUAGUUGCAACAAAAGCACAAGUUUUCUAGAUGUUGAGAUACCAGUUUAACUGCUGAUAUGUGAACAUUUUUAUUUGUGUCCAUCUUCUGUAAGCUUUAAUUAAACUCACUCUGGUUUCUGAUUUUUUUAAUGGUAGCUCCUCUUCUGAGAAGGAUAACAACAUCUUCUGGGCUCAGAAGCAGCUGCUUGACUUGCUGAGUCUGCCCUCUAUUGGCUGGCAGGUAGAUGGAAGUGUGAACCCAGUUUCGCGCUCCUUAAAAUAAAAAUGUGAUUAUUAGGGAUGCUACGAUCCGAUCACAGGAUCGAGAAUCGGUCCAGAUCAAGUGUUUUUGAAAGGAUCGGAAUCGGGAGAAAUAAAUCGGAUUUAACCUUUAAAGACAAACAUUACUUUUUAAAAUUCAUCCUGAAAUAGAGAUUUUCAAAUGGAAUAAAAAUGGCUUAGUUUUUAUUUCAAUAAGGUCCUCUACAUCAAUAAUUUCUUGUAUGAAAACAACGUAGUAACGCGACAGAAUUUACGGCAGGCAAGCUACAGACAGUUGUGAGCAUUCUGAGUGGUCAACAUACUGGACACAGCUCCAUGAUUCGCUGUCUUCAAACAAGCUACUUUAACCGUCGGCUUUUCCAAAAACAAAGCAAAUUUUCUUUAAUCCCCAGUUUAUCUCUAACAGUCACAGUUCACAGUGGAGUCAGACAAAAACGCGGAGCCAGCCGCCAGAGAAAGUUACGCUAAUAAACAAAGAUAAACUGCCAACAGACUGCAAAACAUCUGGGUUUCUAGUUCUCCUGCAGCACCGGUGCUCAAUACGCCCCGCGGCUGGCUGGACCCCGCUCCCGGAGCGGUGGAGCUGCAGGUUAUGCAGAGAAAAGUUACCCUGCCUGCUCCGUCGCAUGAACACGGUUCACCGCUGCACACUGAGGGAGUAAACAACUUGAAAUAAAAGCAAUGCUGCUACUUUAUGUAUACUCACAAUAUAAUAAUCGGUGGACUUCCUAAAAAAAUGAAAGUGAAACUUAAAGGACAAUUUGGAUGUGUUUUCUUCUUAUUUUAAUGCUUGCUUGACCGCCCCUUUAUUUUAUUUUUUAUUUUAAUACUUUGCUAAAAUGUAUUUAUUUUCUUCUUAUUAUUUUAAUGCUUUUCUGAAAAGUAUCGGAUUGGGAUUCGGUAUCGGGAAAUACUCAAAAUCAAACGACUCUGAAUUGGAUCGGGAGCAAAAAUAUAUAUAAAAAUAAAACGUGAUCUGAACAUCCUUAUUGAUUAUUAAUUUAUUAAAAUAUAGCUUUUAAAGGAAAUAUUGUGUCUUCAUUCUGCACACAUCUAAAUGCCCUGUGGAGGUAUUUUUGAAAUAUGGCUUUUUAUUAAAUUGUUCCAUAUUCAAUCUCUAAAUCUU